AUGAGCCUGAACCUCUCAGACCUCGGGCAAGAGCUCGAUUCGAUUCGGCGCACGCGACGGGGAGAAGCACAGGCCCAGGCGAUACCCAUGCAGGCCGUCAGCGACUCCUCCGUAUCGCCGGCCUCGUCGCUCAGCAGCAGGCCGUCCCCCUCCCUUCCGUGCCGCCCACUCGACUGUGCUCCUGACAGCUCGGGGCCUCUGUGUCUCCUAUGCUUCGCACGGACCCCUUCAGCCGUGCUUCUUCCAUGCUGUCACCUGAACCUCUGCUACCUCUGCGCACCCCUGUUCAUGCACAAGGGUGCAACCGAGAGCCGCGCCAUCCAGCGAGUCGAGGACGAGCAGGCAGCCCGUGAGCGCGGGGACGAGGAACGCACUCUCGGCCGCAUCCCGUUCAACGUCGCACUCACACGGGCAGUCAAGGGAUCACCGCGCUCGCGGCGGCUGAGUAUCGGCGGGUACGUGCCGCCAGCCGAGGGGUUCCGGGGCGGCGAGCUGCGUGGACGCGACGUCCUAUUUGGCGAGAAUGGGGGUCUCGCGCGGUCGCGCGACGGAGACGGACGCGUCGCCCUUGCACCGGCUGAUAAGGCUGAGGCACAUUGCCUCGUGUGCCGCGCCGGCGUGACCGGGUGGCUCCGGGUGUACACUUAG